GAUAAGUGGGCGUGUCGAACAAGUUAGAGCUCCGCCUUUACGGAUGUCACCAACGGUGUGGCCUUCCAAUCUGCCAGUCACUCCAUUCCGUUGACCACGGCACGACGUUUAGCGGACAAUUCAUGCAGAUUUAUAUGACAUAAUUUUUGGAUUGAGAUUCAGACACGCAUGCUAUUGAGUAUCUGUUUGAUCUAGACUAGGACAUUUAUUUAGAUUAGCGAUUAGAUUUUUAAAUUUUCACUCCAUUUGUGCAGUGUUCAAGGGAGGUUACUUCAGAAGUACUUCGCGGAAUAGGACUACAGUGACUGUGUAUACAUAAUACUAAUACAUUUGAUUUUUGUCUGUUCUGAAAAAAGCUUUAGUUUAAAAUAGAAUACAUUAAUGCUAACAAUAAGAGACUGUAGAAAUCGUCUAACAAUACAUUUCAUCUCUAGGCCUAAUAUUGGAUUACUGUUUUAUCAGCUUAAGAAUUUAAUUUAAGAAAACAAUAUUUCAAGACACAGACAAUUGGGAAAUUUGAUUCUUAUUGACUGUCAAGCUGUAGGGGAAAAGACAGCACCUUUCAGACUUACAGGAACCAUAAUUCGAACGAAACACCAACUAAAAAAAUUGCAGGUUACCUGAGUGAGCUCCCGUGAUUAUUUCUAUACAUUUUUUUCCCCGUUCAUUCUCAAGAGAAGGAAAUUUCGGUGAAUCUAGAUCUAUAUGUGUCGUCAUUGAGAACAUAAGAGUGAAGGCAGAGAAUUGUGAAAGUCACAUUUGGAUAUAUUUUUUUAUGGAUUUCAAACAUUUUCAUUGACAAUUGAUGAGACACUAUGAGACUGGAGGAUUUGAAGCCUGUCCAAACGAGAUCAUUUGUAGACUGGAUGGAGAGCCUCUUCGGUUGGCUAGAAAGCGCUCUGAACGUUGAAUCCUAAUGGGCCAGUCAAUUACAACAAAUGAAGGUGGAUCGGUUUAUUAGAUUGGGUUAUCCUUGUUUUAUUGGUCAUGGCGAAUGUCGCUGGUGACAUAUUGACGAUUUAAUCAUGAGAAAACGCUUGAGAACAGGCUCGAAGACGCUCGUGUAUUUCAACACAGCGCGGAAGACUUUCCUUCUCGGCCUGUUUGCUCUGUUAGCCUUCCAACCGGCAAUGGUCUACUCAGCUAUGGGGCGGUCACUGCCAAUCCUGCCUCACCACCAGCACCCGUCAUCAUCUUUAUCGUCGUCGUUUUCGUCUGUUCACCACUCAUCGGCGUCAACUUCAGAUGGGGAUGAAGCAUCCACCAGGCCGGACGCCAUGUCACGGCUUAUGAAAGUGUUCGGAUUUUCCCGCAUUCCUAAGUCCGUGACCAAUCUGGUUCCUCCCCAGUACAUGUCGGAGUUGUACGCGACGCUAGUGGACUCGGGGGGCCUCACUCGGGCCAGUGGGCCUUAUAACUCCAAUGUGAUUAGAAGUUUCCCAGACAAGGACUCUAUACACAGAAUGCAGUUCCUCUACAAUAUCUCCUAUUUGGAUAAAGGGGAGACCAUUCUACAAGCUGAGUUUCGUAUUUUUAAAAUGAGGCCAGGCCCAUCGCCCACUUCAUUCCAUGACCAGAGGAUAUCACACCAUAUUCUAGUCAAAGUUUAUCAGAUUUUAGAUGUCCGUGAUAUGACGUCAUCAAAGAAUGUGGUCCUCCUGGAUGCCCAAAAGAUAAGCCUUCACGGCCACGGGUGGCGUGUGUUCAACGUGACGAGCGCUGUCUUCGCGUGGCAUUACCGAACAAAACCCAAUUACGGUUUUCUUGUGACCGCGGAAAGUUCUUCCGGUAUUCCACUGGAUAGCAACCACAUCCGGUUCGCUCAACGGAACGAGCAUCACGACAGUAAACAACCGAUUCUUGUGGUCUACACAGACAAUGGUCAGCGGAAACACCCGACAUAUAUUUCUCCCGAGGAUGAAGAAUAUUUAGAGAUCAAAGAAGACAUUGUAAACCGGGAACACAAACUAAACGGAACUUUCCGAGAAAGCAUUCGUAAACUGAACGAAAAGACCCGAAACGCUAACAGAACCAGACGAAGCACGGAACCGGAAGAUAACGGACGGAAGAAGCGAACAUUCGACAUGUUCCGGAACCGAAGGUCGUGCUCCAGGUACGAGAUGCUUGUUGACUUUGAGAAGAUCGGCUGGUCGGGCUGGAUCAUCUCCCCCAACAGCUACAACGCCUAUCAGUGCAAGGGCAAGUGCCCCUUCCCACUGGGCCAGAGCCAGAAGCCGACCAACCACGCCACGGUGCAGAGCAUCGUCCACGCCCUGAGUGUGGUGAAAGACGUGGACACGCCGUGCUGUGUGCCCAACAAGCUCUACUCCAUCAGCUUGCUCUACUUUGACGACAACGAGAACGUCAUCUUGAAGCAGUAUGACGACAUGGUGGUUGCUAGCUGUGGUUGUCACUAAAGGCAACCCACGAAUGUCUUGUUCCUUGUUACUCCACACAAGUGUGAGAGCGAGAUCGUCUCGGAAGCUGUUCGCUGCAAUUAGAACCACUUUGCACUGACAACCAUUCUGCAAUGGCAGCCACUUUGCUAUGACAACCACUUUGCAUUGACGACCAUUCUACCCUAGCAAGCACUUUAUAAUACUUACCCCCCAAUAAAACUCAGAAAUCCAAAUAUCUUACAAUAAAAGAGAAGCUCAUGAAAGUCAAUCAGCAAUAUUGACUGAACAUGAGCCCCUGGCUGCAUCAUUGAAGCUUACACGGAUGCUUUAUUUCUCUGAAUAAAUGGAGCCAUUAAAGUGUGUUGCUACGAUUGGGUUCCAUAUUUAACAAAUGGGAUGCCAUGUACGACCAUGAUAAAAAGACCAUUUAAAAUAACCGCUAUUUUAACAUUUUAAAAAAUCCUGUGUUGUUCCCAUAAAAUGUGAAAUGUCACGGCUAGGCUAACCGAUUGGUCUCAAAUCAAAACAAGAAUAUGAAUGUGUUUAGUUUUUUUUUUUUAAAUCAUCAUUUUGUUUGGACGACUAUUUUAGUCAUGUUUUGUUUCGCCAUCCUAGCACGCGUAAGAUUUUUUUUUUUUUGAUGGAACAAUUUUUGUAUUAAGCCAACAUUAUUGACAAUGCACAUUUCAUGACGGGCAAUUUACAAAAGCAUUGAAAGAGAAUGCUCAGAAAUAAAUGACCAUGUCAACAGUUGUAUGUAAACUCCAUCACAAAGAAAGUAUACUCAUUCUUUGCCUUUAAGUUCUUCCUAAUUUUGUGAACAACUUACUAUGACAUUGCUAAUGGCUUGAAAAUACUUGGAAGACCUCUGCUUCUAUUUCACCAAAAGUCUAGCUAACGUUAUCUAGUAGGCCUACCCAACUGAUCUUUACUUCACUCUAAAUGUACACUUUGUCCCAGGAUAUAAAAUGUAAAACAGUUUGUGUCACGUUCUAGUUUUAAAUAUAGAACUUUUGUUACCAUACUCAAAAAAUCAGAUAAUGUUUGUCUCGUAUUGACCAUUCUUCACACAUAUUAGCCCAGAGUGCCAUACCAACAGCAGUGAACACCCUUAUUUAAUUAGACAGGAAGUAAGUCUGUGACGUUAGAAUCACGUGAUCCCUUGGCUUCUAUCUCAGAUCAGUAAAUCAUAAAGAGUAAACAAGGCAGUGUCUCCCGAGUUCAAAGGUCAAGGAAGAUUGCUGUACUUGCAUAGUUUUCGCCAGUGUCACGUAUUAAGCUAUUGUGUGUGAUUUGUCUUUCCGUCGAUAUUCGUAGUUUUAUCUUGGACGAUGCUGUGGUAUAAAUCUGGCCUUGAUGCAUCACUGUGCAAGCUUAAGCUAGCCACGAUUUAUAGAUUUAGGCCUAGGCCUUAAUGUCUCUAUAGGGGACGAAAUAUGUCUCCCAUUCAAUCAGAAAGUAGUUCUCAUGGAGGUGAAUAAUAACGAAUGAAAUCUCUAUUGUACAAAAAUGUAAAGUCCUUGAGACGAAUACAAAGAUUUCAACAUAGAUGGUGCAGGAAUUGUGUGAGGGGUGCACGCUAUGUGGUCGGGAGAACAUUAUUUGAGGAGGGGGGGAGGGGAAUAAAAGAGAUUGUUGAAAGGAUAGAAGAAGGAUUCUGAACAGGUUCUCAUAUUACCAGGUAGAGACACUUUUAUUCUAUUUUUCUUCCAAUGUUAAUGUCUCUGUAAUGUAUGCAGGCCUGAAUAACUCACUUUUACAUGUAGAUCUAGUGAAGGUGUGGUGUUUGAGUCUUUAGAGACGCUGAUUGUAUCGACUGUGGGAGAGAGCUUUUCUUAGACAGCUGAACAAAAGUAACACAAAUAUCUGACAAAGCGUAGAAAAACUCAUCACGCUGGCCUAUAUAUGAGACGUGAAAUUUAGUUUGAUUCUAAAGUUAUAUAAAAAACAUAGAAAGUAAGUGACCAUAUUAUAAAGUACACACUUUGGAAUAUGAGCGUAAUAACUACAUUUAAUUGUACACGUGUGUGUGUGUGUGUGUGUAUGGAAGAGGUGGGGAGGGUUGAAAUUCCUGAGAACUUAGAGACAGAAAAAAAGUUUGUCUUAAAAAAAAACUUCUUGAAAAGGUCUCCAUCCUACAAUCUUAACGUAACCUUAGUCACUAAGAACAACUUAAACAAUAUAGCAGUGCCAUAGGAACAGGACAUGACAUCCAGUGUUUCCCUGUUAGCAUGGUUCCUGGAAUUACUAGCCAAUCGAAUCUUAAUCACUGUCCGACUUUCUUAUUCAAUUAAUCUAGGUCUAAAAAAAUAAUUAAGUAUUGUAAAUUAAAUGAAAAAAACAAACAAACAAUUUAUAGAUGACUCUUGUACAAGGCAUUGAAGAUCUUAUCAUUUGGAUGUAGGUGAUUGAUUGGUUAUUUACAUUUAUUUGUUCAAUGUUUCAUGAUUGAGAAAUUGACAUUCAUUAAAUCAAACAAAUUAUUA